UACAAUUUUGCUUCAUUCUCAUGGAAGUUAACUCGAACUUUUUCAAAAGGAUAAUGUAGCGUUUAGGUUGCAUGUACAGUUUGUCCCUAAAUUCCAGACGUCUGUGUGUGUGUUUGUAAACCGACCUUGUGUUUUUAUUCUUGUGAGAAAGUAAACAGAAGAAGAGGAGAAGUCACCAUUGUUCGAACUGGAUCGUCUAACGCUUCCCAGAUUUCCUGUUCCUGUGAGGAAGACUUACCGAGGGCCGCUGGUGAGAUUGAGGUGCAGUGACGCGAAAACACACAAGUGCACGAACGCAGCCGUGUGGACUGCCGCUCAGGACUCUGCAGCUUCUGUCUAAACACUCGUGGGGUUACCUUCCCCUGUCAACAUUCGGCAGACGGACGGUCACAGACUUUUGCCACAUUUCGUGACUCCUCGUGUGGUUUACCUCCUCUUUUCCAACUCCCUUUAACCAAAGAUUUUGUCUUCUUCUUGGCUCUUUUUUUUUUUUUUGGGAACGGAACUGGGAUUUUCCCUCAUAUUAUGCACAUCAAUGGAUCCCAGUGGCUCAGUGGUUAGCACGGGGAAUGAGGAGCAGUCCUUUCAUAUCCGCUACAGGAUGGAGGUGUCCUGUCUGGAGCUGGCGUUGGAGGGUGAGCGUCUCUGUAAGGUCGGCGACUACAGAGCGGGCGUCUCCUUCUUUGAAGCUGCCAUCCAGGUGGGCACAGAGGACCUGCAGGUGCUCAGCGCCAUCUACAGCCAGCUGGGCAAUGCCUACUUCCACCUGCACGACUACGCUAAGUCCCUGGAGUUCCACCGGCAUGACCUCACCCUGACCAGGACUGUUGGUGACCUGCUUGGAGAAGGCAAAGCCAGUGGGAACCUGGGCAACACAUUAAAGGUGCUGGGGCGGUUUGACGAGGCUGUGGUGUGCUGUCAGAGGCACUUGGACAUAGCCAGAGACAUUAAUGACAAGGUGGGUCAGGCGCGAGCUUUGUAUAACUUUGGGAAUGUGUACCACGCCAAAGGCAAAAGCAUCUGUUGGAGUGGAGCUGAGCCCGGAGACUUCCCAGAGGAGGUCAUGACGGCGCUGAGGAAGGCAGCCGAGUACUACGAGGCAAACCUGGCAAUAGUGAAGGAGCUCGGGGAUCGCGCUGCUCAGGGUCGAACCUUUGGCAACCUGGGCAACACGUACUACUUACUGGGAAACUUUCGCCAAGCGAUAGCUUCUCACGAACAGCGCUUGCUCAUAGCCAAGGAGUUUGGCGACCGCUCAGCAGAGAGACGGGCUUACUGCAACCUGGGAAACGCCUUCAUCUUUUUGGGGGAAUUUGAAGUGGCAGCUGAGCAUUACAAGAGGACGCUGCAGCUGGCGAGGCAGUUGAAGGAUCGGGCUGUGGAGGCCCAGGCCUGCUACAGUCUGGGCAACACCUACACACUUCUGCAAGAUUAUGAGAGAGCCAUAGACUACCACCUGAAACACCUCAUCAUAGCCCAGGACCUCAAUGACAGGAUUGGGGAGGGCCGUGCAUGCUGGAGUCUUGGCAAUGCUUACACUGCACUGGGGAACCAUGACCAAGCCAUGCACUUUGCUGAGAAACACCUGGAGAUCUGCAAAGAGACUGGAGACAGGAGCGGGGAGCUGACGGCACGUAUGAAUGUAUCUGAUCUCCAGAUGGUUCUGGGUCUCAGUUACAGCACAAAUAACUCCACUAUGUCAGAGAAUAAGGAUAUCGACUACAACCUGCAUGGAGCGAGGCCCAGGAUGAGCAGAAGACGCAGCAUGGAGAAGCUGGAGCUGAUGAAACUGACUCCAGACAAGAUAAACGGUCAGAAGUGGAACAGUGACCUCCUGACCAAACAGCCCAAACCCUCCCUGGUUAAAAGCUCCUCCAAGCUCUUCUUUGUCAGCCGUCUGCGUGGGAAGAAGCACAAGGCCGGAGGCUCCAGCAAGGUUCUCCAGGACACCAGCAACACCCUGGACACCAGCCAGACGGCCGCACAGGGACCCCAGAAGCGACUCAGUCCGGACAUGCUUGGAGACGAGGGCUUCUUCGAUCUACUGAGCCGUUUCCAGAGCAACCGUAUGGAUGACCAGCGCUGUUCAAUACAGGAUAAGGGCAGCAGGUUAUCGCUAAGCAGCGGUUCAGAGUCGCCUCCCAGGGCCAUCAGGAAAUCUGCAUCAGAGUCUGCCAACGUCUCUGGUGCCCAAGGCCGGCGGUUAGAGGAUACUUCAGCAGCGGGGGGGAGCCUCCCCGGCCUCAGGCUCAACCAAAACAGCAACCGGGCCGUGCUCAGCCACCUGAUGGCCAACGCAGACAACGCCGAGCCUGACGACGACUUCUUCAACAUGCUCGUCAAGUGCCAGGGGUCCCGCUUGGAUGACCAGCGCUGCGCCCCUCCCCCUCCACCAGCGCGGGGGCCGACCGUACCAGACGAGGACUUCUUCAGCCUCAUCAUGCGCUCUCAGGCCAAACGGAUGGACGAGCAGCGCGUCACCCUGCCGCCAGCAGCUCCAGCCAGGCCCGGCUCCAACUGAACAAAGCACUAAAAAAAAAAAAAAAAAAAAAAAAAAAGGGACAGCCGGGUUUUCUUUGUUUUCAUCUCGUGGAGAUGUGGAUGGACAGCGAGAGGUGGUCACUCACAAGAAAGCCUUGUGUAUCUUUACACGUGUCCUUUUGGACAAAACAAAGCACUGUCAGCAUUAUAUGUAGUAUACGGUAUGAAAGAAAUCUCAAAUUAACUCAGCAGUAUCAGGGACAAAAGUGUUUUUUAUCCUUCUGUACUCAUUUCACCCUGUGUGUAUUUUUCAAUACACCACUGCCGUUAUGCCUGUAUUUAUUGUACUUUUUUUAAUGAUUGUUGUGAUUUUGCCGUCUCACCACUAUGAAGUAAUGUGGUUUCACUCACAGUGGUGUCUGAGUCAGUGUGGGCACAGCGGUACAGCACUCUUUCCAUUUAUGUUGUUUAUAUGUGAGGGUGUGGGGGGGGGGUUAUUAAGGUCAGGCUGGGGAAAUGGUAUUUUGAGCAAACUAUUUGAUAAAAGAAUAAAUUUAACCCGUGUGUGUACGGC